AUGGACAACGAUCCUCAAACCCCCAAGUCCCCUCACAGCAUCAGCUGGCUCUCCGAACGAACUCUCUCCAUUUCCACCGCCUCAACCACCACAACCCUAGGAGACACUCCUAGUCCAAUGAGCAUGUCUUCCCCAACCCCUAUAGAGUUCACCGAUUCCCCCAUCCCAAUCGAAUACCGUCAAGUCUCCUUCCACGAGAAUCCCAACUUCCAUCCCAAUUUCCCGUCCCUCCUUCGCCAUCUCUCCUCCCGCCUCUGGCCCCUCGUUAACUGCGAAACAGGCCUCCAACAUCCAGACUUCCCACCAAAUAUGUUGGCCUACAACCUUCUGACCUCGGAGCAGGUCGAUAAUCUCGCCCGGCAUUUCCAUCAGGUUUACCCGCCUGUUCCCGCUACCUUUAAUUAUCCUGUUUAUAUUACCCCAUGGAUUGGGACGGCGGAAGAGAAGACUAUUGAUCUCCCUACGAGAGUGAAGAGGUUGGGGAGGUUUUUUGGGUUGAGGGGAUGUGAGGAGCCGCAGCCGGAGCCGGAGCAGGAGGAUGUGGAUAUGGAUAUGGAUGUCGAUGAGGGUGAUGGGAGUAAGAAGGAUGAGAAGAUGAGUGAGAGUGAAGCUGAAGUACUACGACAGAUGGAGUUCGAGUGGCAGCAGGCAUUACAGAGGGCGUAUGCUGAGGAAUCGCAUCGGUGGAAUUUGAAGUGA